AUGGCGUCAUCGAAGGAAACUUAUUGUUUGUGUGGUCAACCUUAUAAUGUUGGACAGUUUAUGAUCGAAUGUGAUUGUUGCCGAGAGUGGUUCCAUGGAAGUUGUGUUAAUGUAAAAAUAUAUCAUUCAGAUGAUAUCGACAAAUACCACUGUCCUAAGUGUGAGCCAACAUAUGGCCCUUCAGUCUCAAAAAUACCAACAAAUAACCAUAGAGCAGAUCGUUAUGAAAUCGGAGCAGAGACAAGGCCCUCACAGGCAGGUACACCGGCGUGGAUCCGAGCGUUGGCAGCUCGACCCUUACGACCGACACAGGCGGCUUUGCAGAGGAUGAGGUCUGACCAGUUCACAGAGGAGUUUGUACAGGAUAAUGGAUUCACUCGACCAGUCAUUUUUCACAGCAUUGAUGGACUGGACAUGAAAGUGCCAAAUGCGGCUUCAUUUAAUGUCAGAUCAGUAUUGAGAUUUUGUGGAGCACAGUUAGAGGUCGAAGUCAUUGAUGUACGGAAACAGUCUUCCCUCCGGAUGCCGCUGGCUGACUUUGUAGAGUAUUUUGAAACGCCUCCAGAACAUCGGGAUGAUAAAGUACUGAAUGUCCUCAGUUUAGAAUUCAGUGAUACAAAUAUGGCCCCGCUUGUAGAACCUCCUGGGCUGGCUCGUAGAUUAGACUGGGCUGAGCGCGUAUGGGCGGGCGGUUCAACUCUCGAAGGCAGACCGCGACCGGCCGUGCAACGGUAUUGCUUGAUGUCAGCGGGUGGUGCCUAUACUGACUACCAUGUGGACUUUGGUGGUACAACAGUCUGGUAUCAUGUGCUGCAUGGACGGAAAAUAUUCUACUUAAUACCACCAACAUCCACAAACCUGGCGUUAUACCAACAAUGGAGUGCCGCAAACAAUCAAAAUGAAAGAUUCUUUGGUGAUAUGGUGGAAUGGUAUGGUACUGCCGAGUUGUGUGCUGGGGAGACCUUAUUUAUCCCUUCCGGCUGGAUCCAUGCUGUAUACACACCCUGCGAUUCACUGGUGUUCGGAGGAAACUUACUACAUUCUUAUGCGAUUGAGAUGCAACUACAGAUAUACGAAAUAGAAAGUCGCGUGGAAACACCAAUGAUGUUUCGGUACCCCUUGUUUGAAGCGAUGCACUGGUAUGCUGGAGCGCACCUGCUAGCGAUGCUGAGGAGACACAAUGAAGAGACUCAGGAUGAAGACUUUACCCUGAGUGAGACUUGUGUACCACCAACACAAGCUGAUCUGCCGCCCUUGCUGCUCCGAGGGAUUAAGAUUCUGGCUAACGCUCUCAAAGAAUGGCAUGCGUUGAAAAGUACGGACACAUCAAAACGUGACAAUGUCCCAAAGUGCUUGAACUCCGGCCAAUUAGUCCGAGAGCUUUGUAAGGAGCUGCGAGUGCUGGAGAAACGUAGCGGUAGCAGUAAGGAGAAAGAAAGCAAACAAAAAAGCGUUUCGCCCGUAAAAGCGAACAACAGAAAACAACAAGCCUCACAGAAGAAGCCUUUGAAACUGACAUUGCCCAAACCGAUAAUGCACAUGGCGCAGAAUGCCCAAAACGGGGAUUUUAUUGAAGAAAAAAUAUACUCUGAUAAAUAUUACAUAGACAAUAAGGAGGUGGCGUUCAAUGACAGAUACGCCACAGAUCUAAAAUACGUCAGCGAUGCCAAGUUCGUCAAUGACGUGAAGUACGUCAAUACGUUGCCAGAGGCGAAAUUUAUAGUGGAAAAGGAGGUGUUGCCGGAAAAGUUUGCUUAUCAGAACUUUGAGGUGGCUUACCAGGAUGGUAAUGGUUAUGUGGAACGGCAGGAGAAGAAGAACGUCAAGGUUAAAAUGCAUUCACCAUCAUCAUCACAGGAUCCCCCACCUUACAGCUUGCCCGAACAUUCAAUACUGAAGUCCCAUUUGAUCAGGUCAGACAGGACGCUGAAACCAAUACAGCAAUGGACGAUAUCGAAGAAAGAUAUUGGGGACUACCACGAAGAAGUGCUUUACACUAAUGAGAAUCUACAAGCAAACGUCAGAUUGGACGGGCAGGAGAUAAGCUAUGGGCCUGGAAUGUACUCAGCAGAGGAUAUCCAACAAGACUACCAAUAUUCAGAAACAGCAAAACCCGGUUCCUACCAACAGUAUGGCAUACAGCCGGCUACAGAAAUUGCAUAUGACACAUACCAAAGGUACACAGAUGUUGUUGUACCUGCGCCUCAACAGGGUGCUACGUACAGUACGUCGUCAACUGCGCCAGCGCAAAAUGGCGUGUACACACCUUCGCCAGCACCUGCGCAUACGCAGCUGCCAUCGUAUGAAACGGCUAUUGCACAUCAAUAUCAGUAUGUUAUACAAGAACCAAAGCCCCUUGAAAACACACCAGUGACCCCGGUACGACGGUCAGAGCGCGCCGUCCGAAGAAGAAUGUCAAACACAUACGAGUAUGAAGAUGGAGAUUUGUAUGUGGACGAGCCUGCGCCUGCGCGGAGAAGACCGCCGAAGCAUAGACACAAUCAUAGACAACACUCAGCAUCCAAUAGUGCAAAUAGCUACAGAUCUCGACCUGCGCCUGUCAACGGAAUCGAAUCGCUCAUACAAGCUUCCGUAUUGGCUGAAGAAGAACAACCGGUGACAGAGACUGAAGAUGCAGCAGUGGCUGGUAUGUUGAGUAUCAGCGAGAGGUUCGAAGCGCAGGCGCCGAGGACAUUUGACGUAACUACACCGGAGCGACCAAGUCCAACGGAGCGGCUAGCUGAGAGUUCUAGCACACCAACGAGCAGUAAACGAGCAAGAAAGACGGUUACGCUGAGUGCAGACGAAGACUACGAUGAUGAAGAGGACGUAAUCAAGGAAGUUCAUAGAGAUGAAGAGUAUGUUUAUCCAUCGUUGGAAAUGAGUUCGGACGACGAUGACGACUGGACGUCGACGCGUCGACGGCGGAGCUCCAAGAAUAGAAAUGAUAGCAAAGCGAAGAGUGAAAAAGACGAAUCGUGGUCGCCGCGCGCCAGACUCGGCCGUCUCGUGCCCAGACUACGCGGUCCAGCUCGCUCUGCGGUCCGUCGGGAGUGCGUAAGAGCGGCGCUGCAUGCAGCAGCACAAGCCAACACUACACCCGUAGAUAACAAGAUGCCUAUAAACCCGAAGCGAGCGGUUUUGGCGACAAAAAGCCGACGGCCCCCGCCGCCUGUACAUAAUCCAGCUAGUAAUAAGAAUAUGAGACUGAAAAAAGGUAUGAAAACAGCCAAGCAACGGCUCGGCAAAAUACUGAAAAUACACAAGAUGAUGUAUUAG